AUGAGUACUAGCAGGGCACCGUUGGAGCCAAACGUCUCCAAGGUCUCUAUUCUCGGAUCAGAGUCUAUUAUACUCGGUUUCCACCUCACAGAAUACAUCGUACGCGACGUCUUGGCCAAUAUCACAGCCUCAAACUACGUUCUCAUCACAGACACCAACCUCGCCCCUCUAUACCUCGACCGUUAUGUCGCUGCUUUCGAAGCCGCCCUCGCUAAACUUCCUCAACCACCACGUCUCUUCACACGCAUCCUUCCUCCCGGAGAACUCACAAAGUCUCGCAAGGUAAAGGCCGAAAUCGAAGACUGGCUGCUCUCAAACCAUGUUACCCGCGAUACCUGUUUCUUGGCCAUGGGUGGAGGUGUUAUUGGUGACCUUAUUGGAUUUGUUGCCGCAACUUUCAUGCGUGGUGCUGCCUUUGUUCAAAUUCCCACCACACUUUUGGCAAUGGUCGACUCUUCGAUUGGUGGAAAAACUGCAAUCGAUACUCCAGCCGGAAAGAACUUGAUUGGCGCUUUCUGGCAACCCAAGCGAAUCUUUAUGGAUCUCGCCUUCCUCCAGACCUUGCCAGAACGCGAAUUCUCAAACGGUAUGGCCGAAGUUGUAAAGACUGCAGCCAUUUGGAGUGAACCUGAUUUUGUGAAGCUUGAGAAUGGUGUUGAGGCUGUCAGAGAGGCUGUUCUCAACGGUAACACUGGCAUUCCUUUCCAAGAAGCUCAGGGCCUUUUAUUGGAUGUCAUUCUGGCUUCAGCAAGAGUAAAAGCACAUGUGGUCACAAACGAUGAGCGUGAAGGUGGUUUGCGUGGUCUGUUGAACUUUGGCCACUCUAUUGGCCACGGUAUCGAGGCCUUGGUGUCGCCUAUGAUGCUCCACGGAGAGUGCGUGUCAAUUGGUGUCAUAAAGGAAGCAGAGCUAGCACGUAACCUUGGUCACCUCAACCAGGUAGCUGUUGGAAGAUUGGCCCGCUGUUUGUCAUCAUACGGUCUUCCCAUCAGUCUGGAUGAGAAGAAGGUGAAGGACAGAAUCGGUAAUCUCUAUUGCCAUGUGGAUGAUAUCAUGGAAGUCAUGAAGGUCGACAAGAAGAAUCAGGGUGACAAGAAGCGUAUUGUUCUACUGUCUGCUAUCGGAAAGACCCUUGAACAACGUGCUUCGAUUGUACCUGAUUCUGCUAUCCACAAGGUUUUGGCACCCGAGCAACUCGUUUUGCCAGUCACCGAAUCUGCUACUGGACCCAAGAAACAGGUUAGCCUCACAACCCCAGGAUCAAAGUCUAUCUCCAACCGUGCCCUCUUGAUGGCCGCAUUGGGUUCCGGAACUGUCCGCGUCAAGAAUCUUCUGCACUCGGAUGACACUCAAUACAUGUUGGCUGCUCUCAAGAGCCUCGGUGCUGCCGACUUUGAAUGGGAAGACAAUGGCGAGUGUUUGGUGGUCUAUGGUAAAGGUGGACAAUUACGGGUGCCUGAAAAGGAACUCUUUGUUGGAAAUGCUGGAACAGCCUCGCGCUUCCUUGCCACAGUUCUCACUCUCAUCAAAACUGUCGAUGACCCCAAACAUACCCAGGCAGUUCUGACCGGAAAUGCCCGCAUGAAGCAAAGACCUAUUGCACCUCUUCUUACUGCCCUCAAGGCUAACGGUGCCAAGCUUACUUCGGUCGAGAAGGAAGGUUUCUUGCCUAUCGCAGUCACACCCAAUGGUGGUUUCAAGGGUGGUCGCAUCGAAUUAGCUGCUUCAAUCUCAUCUCAAUAUGUAUCAUCUAUCCUCAUCUGUGCUCCAUAUGCUCAAAAUGAAGUUGAAUUGGUUCUCACUGGCGGACAAGUUAUUUCCCAACCUUAUAUUGAUAUGACCAUUGCAAUGAUGGAAUCUUUCGGUGCCGUUGUUAAACGCCUUCCCAAUAACACAUAUCGCAUCCAAAAGUCUGUUUACAAGAACCCUGAUCACUAUCUCGUCGAAUCGGAUGCUAGUUCCGCUACAUAUCCUCUCGCUAUAGCUGCCAUCACUGGCACUACAUGCACUGUUACCAGUAUUGGAUCCAAGUCUCUGCAAGGUGAUGCUACCUUUGCCAUUAAUGUCCUCCGCCCCAUGGGAUGCACCGUCGUCCAAACCGAAACUGCCACUACAGUCACUGGCCCCCCUCUUGGCCAGCUGCGCCCCCUCGCUUCUGUCGACAUGGAAACAAUGACCGACGCUUUCUUGACCGCCUCUGUAUUGGCCGCUGUGACCUCAAACCCCAAGGGAGAGAAUAUCACACGUAUCACUGGUAUUGCCAAUCAGCGUGUUAAGGAGUGCAACCGUAUUGCGGCCAUGGUCCACGAGCUUACCAAGUUUGGUGUCACUGCCUCUGAACUCCCUGACGGUAUCCAGAUCCAUGGUAAGCCUAUCAAGGAUCUCAGAGCACCCAAGGAAGGCGUCCACUGUUACGAUGACCAUCGUAUUGCUAUGAGCUUCUCGGUCUUGGCUAGUGUUGUUCCCAGCGGAACAAUCAUCCAGGAAAAGAAGUGUGUCGAAAAGACCUGGCCAACCUGGUGGGACGAUCUUGAACAUCGCCUGGGCGUCCGUCUGAAUGGUGUCGAUCAGGGUCUUAAGCUCCAAGACCAGAAGCCUAGUUCUUCCUAUGGCAGAGUUAAGAAGUCUAUCGUAAUUAUCGGUAUGCGUGGUGCAGGAAAGACCACCCUUGGUCAGUAUGCUGCCGAGACCCUUGGCUUUGAUUUUGUUGAUGUCGAUCAAUACUUUGAGGUCGUUGAAAAGACUACCGUUUUCGAUUUUAUCAACACAUGGGGAUGGGAACAGUUCCGUAUCAAGGAAUCUCAGGCUAUCAAGAACCUUUUGGCCAAAGACUCUAAAUACGCACGCAACUAUGUUAUUUCAUGUGGUGGCGGUAUCAUUGAGACCCAGGAGUCGCGCGAUAUUCUCAAGGAACAUACCCGUCAGGGCGGUAAGGUGCUCCACCUUGUGCGUGAUCUUGACCAGAUCGUCCGCUACCUUAACCGUGACACCACUCGGCCCAUGUUUGGUGAAGACAUGAUGAGCGUCUGGCGCCGUCGUCGCCCCUGGUACCGUCAGGUGUGCAACUAUGAGUUUGUAGCAUAUGCAGACUCUCUUGUGGAUGAUGGUUGGGUCUCCCCUACUGAGUGGCAGGCUAUUAAGAAGGAUUUCCAGCGUUUCUUGUUCUUUAUCCUCGGCAAGGACACUAACCAGGUCGACCUUUCCCCAACCCGCAUCGGUAUUCCCACCACCUUUGUUUCUCUGACUAUGAAGGAUCUUCGGUCUUAUGCAGACAGACUAGUUCAGGUCUGCGAGGGUUCUGAUGCUGUAGAAAUCCGUAUCGACCUUUUACAACAACCCGAAGAAGAUGAAAAAACCUUUAUUGAGUACGUUGGAGAACAGGUCGCCAUUCUCCGUCGCCACGUCAAUCUGCCAGUUAUCUUUACUGUCCGCAGCAAGGGCCAGGCAGGAGCCUUUUCGGACAAGGACGAAAGCGGAAUGUUUGAAUUGCUGCAGUGGGGUCAAAGAUGGGGCUGCGAGUACAUUGAUAUUGAGAUUUGCUGGUCCACAACUGCCAUUUCUUCACUUUUGAGCACACAAGGAUACAGUCUGUCGCUUGCCUCGUGGCACGACAUCCACCGCCUGACACCUUGGGAUAGCAAGGAACUCGAAGCAAAGUACGAACUUGCCUUCCAGUAUGGUGAUAUUGUAAAGUUGGUCGGUGUCGCAGAAAGCCUCGAAGACAACAUCAAGCUCGAAAAUUUCCGUGCCACCAAAACGGAAAAACCUAUGAUUGCCAUCAAUAUGGCUGGUGCCGGUCAGCUCUCGCGUGUCAUCAACAACUGCCUCACACCCAUUACCCACCCUGCCCUUCCCCAUAAGGCUGCUCCCGGACAGCUUUCGCUUGCUGAGAUCAACAAGGCUCGCCACCUCUUGGGCCUUUUGCCCACUCAACACUUUUGGCUUAUCGGCACUCCUAUCCAACACUCCAUGUCCCCCACACUCCACAACACUGGCUUCAAUGCACUCGGUCUUCCUCACAACUAUGGUCUCCUUGAGUGCCAUAUGUUGGAGUAUGCUGAACACGCAUUGAAUGAUCCCAGCUUUGGGGGUGCUUCAGUUACUAUUCCUCACAAGGUUGCAGUCAUGAAGUACCUUGAUGAGGUUACUGAAAACGCAAAGGUUAUUGGUGCCGUCAACACAGUCUAUGUUCGAUACGCAACCGUCAAUGGACAAAAGGUCCGUAGACUGAUUGGUGAAAAUACUGACUUUUUGGGUAUCCAGCGCCGUGUUCAGCCACUGAUGCUUGAUGCUUCAAACCCUCCCGCCGAGGGUCUUGUGAUUGGAAGUGGUGGAACUGCCCGGGCUGGUCUGUACGCUCUUCAUAAGAUGGGUAUUAAGAAGAUUUACCUGUGGAACCGCACAAUAAGCAAGGCCUAUGAGCUCAAGAAAGUGUUUGAGGGCAUGUUUGAGGUCACGGUUGUAGAAUCACUCGAAAGCCCAAUGGAGCCUGGUGUGAUUGUGUCUACUGUGCCAGCCGACAGUGGUAUCUUGCUGCCCGAGAAGGUUUAUGGUGGUAUCCGCGGUAUCAUCUGUGACAUGGCCUACAAGCCCAGACGUACUAAGCUUUUGUUGCAAGCCGAGCGCAAGGGAUGGUCAUGUGUUGAGGGUAUUGAGGUUCUUAUUUCACAGGGCAUUGCUCAGUUUGAGAUUUGGACUGGAAAGCGUGCUCCGGUUGAAACAAUUGAAGCAGAAGUAAUGAAGAAGUACGAGUUGUAAAGAAGUACACAUGUAUAUAUAUAUAUAUAUAUAUGGCUUAUCAUUUAGAAUUCCCCGUCUAUCUAUAUUUAUCUCCCUAUGUGUGUAUUCACAUCAACAACAAAAGCAUAUAUAAAUAAAUAAAUAAACACAAUCUUGAUAUACAUCAUUACUUGUAAAAGU